AUGGCUGCGUCUGUAGCGCGGCGCUGGUGGCCGGUGGUGGCCCGCCGAGGGCUCCAGCCCCGGAGAGGUUGUGUCUGCAGCCAGAGACCAAGAAGUUUCGCAACCGAGAGACGAGAUCGGAACCUCUUGUACGAGCAUGCACGCGAGGGCUACAGCGCCCUCCCUCAUCUGGACGUGGAGCCGCUGUGCGCGCGCCCGGAAGAAGCCGCCCGCACCCUGGAGCAGCGCAAGGGGGAGCUGCGGCCGGAAGACCUGCCGGCGAUCAUCGUGACGUGGCAGGAGCUGAGGCAGCUGCGGGAACAGAUCCGGAGCCUGGAGGAGGAGAAGGGGGCCGUGGCGGAGGCAGUGCAGGCCCUGCUGGUGAACCAACGCAACAGUCCAGUGCAGCAGGACCCGCAGUAUCAGAGCCUGCGGGCACGGGGCCGGGAGAUCCGGAAGCAGCUCGGGCUCCUGUACCCCAAGGAGGCCCUGCUGGAGGAGCAGUUCUACCUGUGGGCGCUGAGGCUGCCCAACCAGACCCACCCGGACGUGCCCAUCGGGGACGAGAGCCAGGCCCGAGUGCUACAUGUGAUUGGAGACAAGCCAGCUUUCUCCUUCCAACCCCGGGGCCACCUGGAAAUCGCCGAGAAACUUGACAUCAUCCGUCAGAAGCGCCUGUCUCACGUGUCCGGCCACCGCUCCUAUUACCUGCGCGGGGCUGGCGCCCUCCUGCAGCACGGCCUGGUCAACUUCACACUCAGCAAGCUCGUCCAGCGGGGCUUCACCCCCAUGACGGUGCCAGACCUUCUCCGAGGAGCUGUGUUUGAAGGCUGUGGGAUGUCACCUAAUGCCAACCCAUCCCAGAUUUACAACAUUGACCCCUCCCGCUUUGAGGACCUCAACCUGGCCGGGACCGCAGAGGUGGGGCUUGCAGGCUACUUCAUGGACCACGCUGUGGCCUUCAGGGACCUGCCAGUCAGGAUGGUUUGUUCCAGUACCUGCUACCGGGCAGAAACAGACACAGGGAAGGAGCCAUGGGGGCUGUAUCGAGUGCACCACUUCACCAAGGUGGAAAUGUUUGGGGUGACAGGCCCCGGGCUGGAGCAGAGCUCGCAGCUGCUGGAGGAGUUUCUGUCCCUGCAGAUGGAGAUCUUGACAGAGCUGGGCUUGCACUUCCGGGUCCUGGACAUGCCCACCCAGGAGCUGGGCCUUCCAGCCUACCGCAAGUUCGACAUUGAGGCCUGGAUGCCAGGCCGGGGCCGUUUUGGCGAGGUCACCAGUGCUUCUAACUGCACAGACUUCCAGAGCCGCCGCCUCCACAUCAUGUUCCAGACAGAGGCUGGGGAGCUGCAGUUUGCACACACGGUGAAUGCCACAGCCUGUGCUGUCCCCCGCCUUCUCAUCGCCCUCCUGGAGAGCAAUCAGCAAAAGGAUGGCUCGGUCCUCGUUCCCUCUGUCCUCCAGCCCUACCUCGGCACCGAUCGGAUCACAGCCCCCACCCAUGUGCCUCUCCAGUACAUUGGGCCCAACCAGCGCCAGAAGCCCAGGCUCCCGGGCCAGCCUGCCUCGAACUGA